UUAAACAAAUUAAUCCAUCCACUCUUACAACCUCCAACUCUCCAGUCUCAAGUUAGCUGGCGUGCCACGAAAGCACAAUACGCGCGGUGGAGACUUGAGUCCGCGCUCUCACCUUGCGAAGUAAACGAAUUCGGUGACUAAUCGCGUGAUCUCACACCGCACCAGCCCGCGCAUCGAUCGCCACACAUUCCGAAGGUGGCACUUAGAAGUAGUGCUGAUAGCAGACACAAAAAGUAAACACCGCAAAAAAGUAGUGCGCUGCGAUAGCGAUGGAGACGCCGAGCGAGGACGAGGCGGUCGUGCCACUCUACCUGGGGCUUGACCUCAGCACACAACAACUGAAAGCAGUUGUUGUCGAUGAUGAACUCAAAAUUCUCCACACAGCUUCCGUACAAUUCGACAGUGACCUCCCAGAAUUUAGGACUCAUGGAGGUGUAGUGCAAAACAAAUUAAAUUCCUUGGUGGUGACCACACCGACGCUUUUAUGGGUCAAAGCUUUAGAUAUGCUGAUGGACCGAUUAACCGUCUGCGGUGUGGAGUUCUCAAAAAUCGUCGCAAUUUCUGGAACUGCUCAGCAACACGGAUCUGUUUUUUGGUACAAAGGAGCUGAAGAAACUCUUCAAAAACUAGACCCCAGUGAGUUUUUACAUCAUCAACUAGCCAGUUGUUUCUCCACAUCGAAUAGUCCAGUCUGGAUGGACAGCAGCACGACUGUAUUCUGCAGACAGUUAGAAGAAUCCGUUGGAGGACCUAAGAAACUGUCAGAAAUCACUGGAUCCAGAGCCUAUGAACGUUUCACUGCCUCACAAAUCGCAAAAGUUGCAAAACUCAACACUGACGCUUAUAAUAAUACUGAAAGAAUUUCAUUAGUUAGUAGUUUCCUCUGCUCAUUAUUCUUGGGAAAAAUCGCUCCUAUUGACUAUGCGGAUGCAUCUGGUAUGAAUAUAAUGGAUCUCCAAACGAAACAAUGGAAUGAAAAGUUGUUGAAAGUAUGUGGAGGUGCGGAUUUAGAAGAAAAACUAGGAAAACCUGUGGUUUCUUAUACGAAUCUCGGUGAUAUUUCACCGUAUUAUGUUGACCGGUGGGAGUUUAGUAAAGAUUGUAAAGUGAUUGCAUUUACCGGUGAUAAUCCUGCAUCGAUGGCAGGGAUGCGUUUGGGUAAAGGAUGGUUGGCAAUCAGUCUGGGCACAAGCGAUACUUUGAUUUUAUGGUUGAAUGAGCGAAUUGUUGUUACAGAAGGACAUAUUUUUUGUAAUCCUGUUGAUGAGGAUGCUUACAUGGGUUUAUUAUGUUAUAAAAAUGGUUCAUUAACAAGAGAAAAAAUCCGGGAUAAAUGUUGUGAUGGUUCUUGGGAGAUAUUCAAUCAUCUCCUAGAUAGUACACCACGAGGAAACUUUGGCAAUAUGGGUUUUUAUUUUGCUACCCAAGAAAUCAAUCCGUAUUUGCAAGGAGAUUAUAGAUUUAAUAAAGCAGGGGAGAAAGUUUUAAAGUUUACCAGUCUCGAAGUUGAAGUACGAGCGUUAAUAGAAGGACAAUUCAUUGCAAAACGCGCACAUGUUGAAGAUAUUGGUUUUGAUUUCGAUGAAAACACCAAAAUCUUAGCUACAGGCGGUGCGUCAAAAAAUCACGCAAUUUUGCAAGUCAUGGCGGACGUUUUCAACGCUCCCGUUUACAUUCAAGAAACAUCUGAUUCAGCGAUGUUGGGCGCAGCAUUCCAAGCCAAACACGGCCUACAUCGCCCGACGGAUUUCUUUGAAAUCACAAAGUGCCUUCCGGAACCGAAACUUGUGUGUGAACCGUAUACCGAUUCUAAUGAAAUUUAUGCGCCAAUGGUGGAGCGAUAUCGCAAAAUCGCCGAAGAGUUAGAAACGUUAGUUACUCCGAAUUAUGCUACGCAAUAGUAGAAAAUGAGAUCUUACCUUUAUACAUUUCCGAUGAAACACAACUUUGUGAUAUUUUAGAGCAUUUUAUAACGUUAUACUCGUCAGAUUGAUUUAAUAAAAACUAAUUAAACUGUUGAA